GCGGGGGGUGCCGAUGUAUCCGAGGGGGAAGCUUAAGCAUAGGGAUGCUGUGGGCAGAGAGCUGUUUCAGUCGCGCGACGGCUCUCGCCCCGGCCAGUCGAUCGAGCUCUUGCACAAAAGGGAGAGAGAUACACGUUUCUCUCUCUCUCUCUCUUUCUCUCUCUCUUUCUCUCUCAUUCUAUUUCUUCUCGUCCUGUUUGCUUCUUCCUUCCAAAAAAAAAUUUGUCGUCGAAAAAUAAUCAAUCGCACUCAGUGAGACGAAAAAUCUUUCUCUCGUCGUUCACGAACGUUUCUCUCGAGACUAAUCGCGUCGAUCAAAAAAUGGUGUUUCUCGGUGUUCGAUUAUUCUUUAACGCGGGACGGCUGAUAUUUGGAGGAUAAAUCGGGAGAGGAAAGAGAAAAAUCCUGCAACCACCUGUGUUCCCAGGACAAACGCGCCAAGGAUGUCGCUCGUGUUGGCUUCGAUGUAGUUUACCUAUAUCUCUUCCUGGAUUAAGGGAUACAAGGAUUAAGGAUUUCCACACGGCAGAAAAAGAAGAAGAAGAAGAAGAAGAAGAAAAAGAAAAAGAAGAAAAAGAUCGUUGGAAAUAAAGAAAGAAGAAAAGGAAAUAUGUCGAGAAGGGAUGGGUCGAAAAAUGGCCGGCUCUUUUUUCUCGAUAUCGACGCGAACGAUAGAAUAGAAGGAAGAAGGUGCCGUCUUCGUCCUGUUCGUCUUCCUCUUCGUCUUCGAUAACACGGCAGCUUCCUUCUCCGAUUCGUCUUUCUUCUCAUCUUACUCAUCCUUCUCCUUAUUGAGAAUGCGCAUCGGAGCGUAAGAAGACGUAGUACAGUGGCAAUAAAAUGUGGUGCGCAUUAUCGUGAAAAUGUUGGUGGACGAGUGUGGAAGCGGGAUGGGGUGGACUACGGCAGCGAGCGUUAGAGGGGGUUGGUCCACCCCCGGUGCUACUGCUGGAUGCAGAAACUCUGCGAUGAGUUUCGGGGGCAGUGUACCUUCUCUUCACCCAGCUGGCUCGAUACGAUCCUUGCGUUCCCAGCAUUCCAUGCAGUGUCCACAAGAGACACCGCAAAGAUGUAUACACUGCCAUCCCAUUCACGCAUCGAACACUCCUAACAAUUAUGUGCAUCACCCUAUGCAGUAUUACACGCCCAGUCAUUGUACGGAGGGUCAACAACAGAACGGAACUUAUACGCCGCAUCGGAGUUCCUAUCAUGGCGACACUCGUAUACGAUAUACCGACACGGAGGAAAGCUUGGCAGGGAACGCAAACUGGGUCCUUGGUGAUUUACGAACUCUUCAUCGUUGUGUUCCCGCAUUGCGACGUACAGGCAUAGACGUCGCUGGUAUGCGAGCGCAUUUCUAUCCGGAGGGUGGCUGGGGGUGGUUGGUAUGUGCAGCUGGCUUUCUCGCCCUGUUGCUCACUACAGGAAUGCAGCUCGCCUUUGGCUUUCUUCAUCUUUAUGCUUCACGUCAUUUCGGCGAGGUACAUAUAAUGGACAUAGCUUGGGUAGGAGCUUUAAGUGCUGCGGUUUCCCGUGGUUCUGCUCCACUGGUCGUCGGCGCGUGUCGCCGUGGAAGUACGCGGCUCACCGCUGUGAUCGGUGGCCUUGUAUUGGCAUUAGCUUCGCUUUUUACUUCCUUUGCCCUUCAAAUGCAUCAAGUACUUUUGAGCUACGGCCUGGUACUGGGCACAGGAGCCGGUUUGGUGAGAGAGACCGCUGGUUUGGUACUCGGCCAUUACUUUAGAAAACGACGAGAGUUCGUUGAGAUGGUGGUGCAAGCUGGCACGGGGGUGGGAAUUGCUCUCUUCAGCGUAUUUUACAGGGAAGCGGUUGGAAAGCUAGGUUGGAGAUUGGGGUUGCAGUCUGUUACGGGAGCACUCUUCUUGGCCUUUUUCCUGGGUCUGAUUUAUAGGAGUGCUUCUCUCUAUCAUCCUCAACGAAGAGCGAUAUUACAUCUCAAAAAUCAACGUAGUAAAGUAAAGGAAAAGAAAUCGGCCACGAAGGUACCGACACAGCCAUUGGUCGACCUCAGUCCUUUGGGAAGUCGACCAGUUAGAAUGCUCAUGUUGGCAGCCGGUGCAGCUGGUUUUGGACUUUACACACCUGCCUUUUACAUCGCAUUGCAGGGAUAUCAAGACGGUCUGGAGGCAAGCUCGUUGGUAUUACUACAGACUUGCUUGGGUUUGGCAGCAGCACUAGGGUGCGCGGCUUGGGGGGUAGUAACAGCCAGACCAUCUGCUCAGUGCUUGGUGUCCAGGCAAUAUCUCUGCCAAGCAGCACUUCUCGGAGUUGCUCAAGUGGCGCUUGGUAGCGUGGAAGGUUAUCACGGAUUGGUCUUGGCAUCGGGCCUUUAUGGAGCUUCGCUCGGUGGUGCCCUUUACUCCUUAAAGAUGUUGGCCCUCGAAAGACUAAGGGCAAGACAUUUCGCGAGAUCUUGGGCUCUCGUUCAAGCGGCGGAAGCAUUGCCCAUCCUACUCGGAGUUCCUCUUACCGGUUACAUGAAUGCUAACAGCCCAAGGGUGGGCUACUAUGCGUGCACGUUGAGUUCCUUGUGCGGCGCCGCGUUGCUCUUCUUGGUCGGUUGGGGUCGACAGCCGACAUCACCAGUUUUACCCGGGCCACGUUUAUCCAGUUUCGGUGCCGUUCCACCGCCCUGUGCCUGUCCACCACCACCAAGACCAAGGUUACCCAAAUCUCAGUCCCUACACGUACCCCUCGACGUUGAGGAUAACGUACACGAAAGGGAAAGCGAGAGCAUACACACUGCCGAACAUUAUUACCAACCACAAUUUCAUGCUCCGCUUAGGCCGAGCAAGAGUGUACCGGAAGGUCUGAGUCAUCCGCAUCAACAGGAUCCUUAUAGAACAAGACCGAGGCGUUAUCGAGACGUUACCGUCAUCGAACAAAUUACUACCAGCGUUUAAAAGGAGACUUUUCGGUAAUAAUAUACGUAACUUAGGCUCGUAGAAAAGGAACAAAAAAGAUAAAACCAACGGAGACAACUAUGUUCUUUUAUGCCUUAACAAAUUUUUAACGCGAUUCCGAUGGAAGGAAUCUUUAGGAGUUUCGAUUGAAAUUAAACAAGAUUCGGUGUCGUCAUUUUUGAACUUUUCGUCGUUUAUGGAAACGUUCGAUACGAUGGCAACGAUCUCGAUCAAAAAGCAAAUUUAUAAAUACCCAGGCUGUUUGGCUUUUCAAUCAUUAAAAAGGAGCUUAAAAUCGAUUCUCUAUUAAGGCACGUCAAUGUCGGCUAUUCCAUGUGUGGGUAACAUUAACGAAAGACCAAAUGUGUUUACAUAAUCGUUAGUCUCGUGUGUGUAUGUAUCGUUUAAACGAGAUAUGUGUAUGUAGAGAACGGAUCGAUCGAAAUUUCCAGGGAUAACUCAAAAAUAAUGAUAAUCAAAGAAUAUACAACUAUAAAAUAAAUAAAUAAAUAAUUAAAAUAUCCUACGUUAAGAAGAAACUUAAAACUAACGAUAAAAGAUAAGUUAGAUAAUCGUAAGACUUAAAAAAGAAAAAACUAUGGUAGAUAAUUAAUAUUUCAAAGAAAAAAAAAAGAAAAAAAAAGAAAGGAAACGUGCCAUUUGACCUUCCUGUGAACUCUAUCGUCGUCAUAACAAAACAAACAAAAAAUAAAACAAAAAAAUAUCGAGAGAUGUAUUCUCUUCUCUGAUUAACGAUUCAACACGCAAGUAUAUCUCUGGUAAAACGUUAAAUGUAAAUGGACUUAUCUUAUUAUUUGUACUUAUCUCAAACGAGCGAAGUUAAUCGAGUUCGCAACGAGUCGAUUUACAUGUACAUAUAUAUAUAUACACAUGUAUACAUAUACGUAUAUAUAUAUAUAUAUAUAUAUUUACACAUAUAAUCGACAUUGUAGUUAUGUAAUAAUAGCUUGUACAGGUCGAUUCAAAAGUUUCCAAGUGGUCCAAAACUUCCUAGAUAAUUUUAUCAAUUACUCCUUCAUGAGACUUUUAAGCUUGCAGUUAUGCUUGUAGUUUUACGAUCUGAUAAAAAAGAAUUAGCCAAAAGAGUCUCCAAUAAAAGUAAUUGAUAUUUUGGACCAUUUAGCAUCUUUUGAUCUAACCUGUAUAAAUUAGAUAAAAAUAUCUAUUCCCGUUAACGACGUUAGUUAAACUAUUAUACAAGUAUAUAACUACGAGGAAAAAACGAUUCCAUUGGCUAAAAAAAAAAACCAUGAAAUAUUAUCUUUUAUUUACUUCCUUUGAUAAAUCAAAAUGGUAAAAUUAAUGUUCAAUCGAACUUAUUAAUUCGUUAUGAUAGAUUAAAAAAAUAUAUAUAUAUAUAGAAUACAUAUCGCGCUAAUGUCGCGGCAAAAUUCGAUGGAUCGAUUUCUUCCCAAAAUUUUUCCCAAUUCGUGCGUAUGUUUACCAAAUGUUUCGCUAUUAGAUAUCGAACGUACGGAGAACAACAAUACUGUAACAAUAAAUGCGUGUUAGGUAUAAAUAAUAGAAAAUAUACAAUGAUAUAUAUAUAUAUACAUACACACACAUAUAUAUAUAUAUAUUCGGAGCUGGUCUCCCAGAAGAAAGAAACACACAGACAUACAUACACACACACGUCCCACGAAUUGUUAAAUAUUCUCAUUCGCGUUUAAAACAUCGUACGCGUAUUUAGAUUAUGUAUACGUUUGAAAUAUAUAUAUAUGUAUAUAUAUAUAUAUGCACAAUACAAGAACAACACGGGGGUGGUGAUGAAGGACGAAGGACGACUUAUGAAAGAAGAAAAUAUUUAUAGUUAAGACUGAACGUCUACGAGAAAUUUUCUUCUCGCUUUGACGAAGACGAUAAAAACAAAUAAAAAAAACUAAACAAAAAAAGAAAAGCAAGGAAAAGAUUUAAAAAAAAAAAAAAAGAAAACUUUUAAACGCACUUUGUAGCAUGUACGUGCAUUUCUUAAGGAAAUUGAUAAUAACGAUUAUAAUUACACCCACUUCCCCUCCCGCAUAAAAAUUGUCAGAUCAAUUUUACUCGUCCGAUCGAUCGUUUUUGAAAUUUUCUUACGUUUUUUGCUGAUUUAGAAUAAAAUAAUUAGUACCUGAAUAUAUUAUGUAUAUAUAUAUAUAUAUACAUUACAGUGUAUGCCAAAAGUCUCUAGAUGGAUCAAAAGUUUGCAGGUAAAUUUAAAAAUCAAUUAUUCUUUUCCGAGACUCUUUAGAUAAAAUGUUUUCAAAUCGUACGACCCUAAUUACAAGCCUGAAAAAAAUCCUUGAAAAAGAGUAAUCGAUUUUUUAAAAUCAAGUAAAAACCUAUGGCCCACCUAUCAACUUUUUGCCAACUCUGUAUUUAAUGCUGCUGCUGCUGCUACGAUCCAUGUUAUUUUUUGUUGAUACUUAUAAACAUCGCGUUAUAUAAUAAAUCAUAAAAACAACAAAUAAUACAUAUAUAUAUAUAUAUAUAUAUAUAUAUAUAUAUAUAUAUAUAUAUAUACACACACGUGAAUUGCAAAAGGCAGCUGCUUUUAAUGUUUAAACUCAAGAUAUAUUUUUUAUUUCUUUCUUUUUUUCUUAAUUAAUAUAGUAUAAUAAUGUGACAGUGCUUCGCUCGAUUUACGCAGAAUAUGUCGAAAGUAUGAUUUAGUAGGGUGAAUUGUUGGAAUGCUGCCAGUUUCUAAUGGAUACCAGAUAUGUUACGGGUUUUUCGAUAUUCACUCAUAUUCGUACCGUUGGAAGUCAAUAAUUACAAUAUAUAUGUGUGUGUGUAUAUAUAUAUAUAUAUAAACAUAUGCGCAAUUUUCUCAUUAAAUUUUAAACUCAUUAUUUGCAUAAUUGAUAAGAGAAAUAUUAUUUCGAGUUCUUAUAAUAAUCAUGUUUCAAAAAUAAUUCUGAUAUUGUAAAUAUGAAUACCGAAAGUCAUGCUAAAAUUAUUAUUAUUAUUAUUUUUUUUAAUUAUGAAUUGUUACUUUAUAUUGCACAUGAAAAUUGUUGAAUAUUAUUGAGGAGUAUGUAAUACAUACACAUAUCUGCUAUUCUAAUAUUUUCUCCUUAUCGUGGUGUACGUUAUCGAAUAAAACAAAUAUUUUACGUAAACACACAUAUACGUAAUUUUCCAACAAAAUAAAAGAAGAAAAAGAAGAAGAGGAAGAAGAAGGAGAAGAAGAAGUGGAGAAAUGUUUUUCUAUGUUUAAUAUUAAAAUAUAGUUGUAUAAGUAAGCAUGUUAGAUAUACGUUGAAUUUUCAAUUUGUCUAACGCGUUAUCAUUGGCAUAAAAAUAAUUCUAUCAUGUUUAUGAAGAAAUAUGUUAAACUUGUUUCGUUGAGAACGAUAUUAAAAAAAAAAAAAGAAAGAAAGAAAGAAAAGGAAAAGAAAUGUAACAGUUAUUUAUAUAUAAUAUAAAUAAGAGAUAAAGAAAAAAUAUGGAUUAUCGAUUUAAUGAAUAAAUUGUUAGAAUGAUGAGUUCUAUACGUUGCGAUGAAAAAUUAUAUAUAUAUAUAUAUAUAUAUAUAUAUAUAUAUAUAUAAAGAAAAAAGAAAAACCAAUUUCAGCAUCCGCAAUUAGUAAACGAUUAUAUAAAUAGUGAAUCUGCUUAUUUCGUUAAUUUCAGCUCGCUUGAUUAAUGAAAAAGAUCCUAAUUAACUCGAAACACGUUAAUCGACGUUACGACUAUACAUUUAUAACUAAAUACACAUUAUGAUCUCAAAAAUCGUCUCUAUCGAAUCGUAUAUAAAUAAAUAAAAAGAAAAAACUUGUCUAACUUGUACAAUCACGACAUAGAUUUAGAAAAAAAUUUUCAUCUUUAACAACAUCGAUAACUAUGAAAUGAUAAUCGAUAUCGAUAUAGCGUGCGAUAUACGAUAUACGAUAUAUAUAUGUAUAUAUCGUAGUUUGACGUAAAUCGAUUUAGAAACAAUUCAUUAUUUCAUAACCUUGUAAAUAAAAGCUUGCAAGGUCUCCUGUUACGAUACACGAAGCAUUUUGUAAAGUUUUAUAAAUAGUUCUAUGUAGUUACACAGCUGGACCAAUAAAGUAUAUAUAUAUAUAUA